GAACAAAAAUUACUCUAUUAUUUCUCUCUCUCUCGCACGCAGCUCGCUCCAAUUCCGUCUCUUCUUCUCACUCCUCCAGUCGGAUCGAAUCCGAGGUUUUAGUUGAAUAUGGGCGUGGCACAGAACACUAUCGAAAUGGAGGAGGGAACAUUAGAGAUUGGCAUGGAGUACAGAACUGUUUCUGGAGUUGCUGGGCCCCUGGUUAUCUUGGAAAAAGUUAAGGGUCCCAAAUAUCAAGAGAUUGUCAACAUUCGAUUAGGGGAUGGCACAACUCGGCGUGGCCAGGUCCUUGAAGUUGAUGGAGAGAAAGCUGUUGUGCAGGUGUUUGAAGGAACUUCUGGAAUUGACAACAAGUAUACUACGGUUCAAUUCACUGGAGAGGUCUUGAAAACUCCUGUAUCUUUGGAUAUGCUUGGGCGCAUUUUUAAUGGAUCUGGAAAACCUAUAGAUAAUGGUCCACCUAUAUUGCCUGAAGCUUACUUGGACAUUUCUGGAAGCUCAAUCAAUCCAAGUGAGAGAACCUAUCCUGAAGAGAUGAUUCAGACAGGGAUAUCAACCAUUGAUGUCAUGAACUCGAUUGCUCGAGGACAGAAGAUUCCUCUUUUCUCUGCUGCUGGUCUCCCUCAUAAUGAGAUUGCUGCUCAGAUCUGUCGUCAGGCUGGUCUGGUGAAGCGGUUAGAAAAAUCUGAUAAUCUUCUAGAGGGUGGUGAAGAGGACAAUUUUGCUAUUGUGUUUGCUGCUAUGGGAGUAAACAUGGAAACAGCACAGUUUUUCAAACGUGAUUUUGAAGAGAAUGGUUCAAUGGAGAGAGUGACCCUAUUCCUAAAUCUGGCAAAUGACCCCACCAUUGAGCGCAUUAUUACCCCUCGAAUUGCUCUCACCACAGCAGAGUAUUUAGCUUAUGAAUGUGGAAAACAUGUCCUUGUCAUCCUAACAGACAUGAGUUCAUAUGCCGAUGCGCUUCGUGAGGUAUCUGCUGCUCGAGAAGAAGUGCCAGGACGACGUGGUUAUCCUGGAUAUAUGUACACUGAUCUGGCAACCAUUUAUGAGCGUGCAGGUCGUAUUGAAGGAAGGAAGGGCUCUAUAACACAAAUUCCUAUCUUAACCAUGCCAAAUGAUGAUAUUACACAUCCUACUCCAGAUCUUACUGGCUAUAUCACAGAGGGCCAAAUUUACAUUGAUAGGCAGCUCCAUAACAGACAGAUUUAUCCACCCAUCAAUGUCCUUCCAUCUCUCUCACGAUUGAUGAAGAGUGCCAUUGGUGAGGGAAUGACCCGCCGUGAUCAUGCUGAUGUUUCUAAUCAGCUGUAUGCGAACUAUGCCAUUGGAAAGGAUGUUCAAGCAAUGAAAGCUGUUGUUGGAGAGGAGGCUCUUUCUUCUGAAGAUUUGCUUUAUCUUGAGUUCCUGGAAAAAUUCGAAAGGAAGUUUGUGACACAAGGCGCAUAUGACACGCGUAACAUAUUCCAAUCUCUUGAUCUAGCAUGGACACUGCUUCGCAUUUUCCCUCGUGAACUCCUCCACCGUAUUCCUGCCAAGACCUUAGAUCAGUACUACAGCCGUGACACAACUCACUGAGUACUACUAUGUUCAUGCAAUGCAGUCUCAUCUUGAUGGCAAGAAUAAAAUUUAUUACAAGUACUGAAAUCCUCAACUUCACUUAUUUUUCACUCAGAUGCUUAUGAGGUCUAUUCAGCUCUAUUCUUUUGCUGCCAAAGUCUUGGCUUGGUUGUUCCUCUUUGGUUCUUGUAAUAUCACCAUUUUUAUUUCCAUGCUCUAAACUAUGGAAGUUUUAGUGUCUUUUGUGGACCUAUGUUCUUAUCUUUAUAUAAUAUAUAAAAUCAGGUUAUGUUUUCUUGUAA